AUGAUUCCGUUUCCACUAUCUCGCUCAUGCAUCCAACUAUCCCUGUCACUUACACCGCUACUUCAUGAUAUCAAAGGCCACUUAGAGCACAGUAAAUCUCUGUUGAAAUUGUAUACACUCGUCAAAGUGAUGUUAGUUGUGGUCAUCUAUGUUGGAUUCGUUAUCCAAGAAUACGUUAUCAUUGAUAUGUUAUGGCCGGUUGUGAAAGACAAUAUAGUGAAGUUGAGUAUUUGCUCAUCGAGCAAGAAGUGUGUUGUUAUCGGCAACUAUGCGUUCAGGUCGCUGUUGGUCACUAUUGCGAUGAUCGUUGCACUGGCCGUUCCGCGACUUGAGACGAUCAUUCCAUUGGUGGGCAUUUGCUCGAGUAUGCUGCUGGCUUUCGUUAUACCGGCCACUUUGGAUACGGUGACAUUUUUACCGUGUUUGAUUCACACAAAAGCGAGCAAAUGGAGGAUCGCUAGGAAGGUGAUUGCAAAUGUGUUGUUGAUAACGAUGGGUUUGUUCGGGCUGAUUGCGGGCUUGCGAACGAGCAUUUUGGAGCUGAUCAAUGGAGCGUAG